GUCGUAUGGCCAUUGGAAACUAUAUGGGGCUCUAGAAAAGGUCAUGCAGCUGUCAUCCCACCCCGGGAACGAACCAUCUCUUCCAGCGCACGGCCGCCCCCUUCCCUUCCCUCCCCUCCCAGCUGUGAUAUCCUCCUCCUCCUCCCGCCCCAUCUCUUCCGAGGCGCGGAGGCUGGGUUAUGGAAGAGCAGCUUUCCGCCGGGAUCGAGCGAGUAGGAGGGGUAGUAGUCGUCAGGUGCAAGGGAGGCUGCCGGAUCGGGCCGAACCGGCCCGGCCGAAACCACUAGGCUGACCGCGGACCGAUCGGGUAAAGUCUCCCGCAGAGUCCAGGGUAGCUCAGCUAUCCCUCCACAGUUUUGUUUCAUCCCGGCAAAAUACUUUGGCGACUCCUCCCUCCAUCCAUCCACAAGACCGGAACAGCGAGGACCGCGGGCGAACAAGGGGUCGACUCCGUCGCGCGGUUGCGUCCUUGCUAGCUACAGCUAGAGCCUAGAAGAGAUGGCGGCGACGGCGGCGGCAUCGUCGUCGUCCCCCGCGGGCGGCGCCUCGUCGCCGGCCCAGGCGCCGGGUGGCGGAGGAGGUGGAGGUGGAGGUGGUGGUGGAGGCGGCGGGGUGCCGUACCACCGGUCGCGGUUCGGCGACACGACGCUGACCAAGGUGUUCGUGGGCGGGCUGGCGUGGGAGACGCCGUCCGCGGGGCUGCACGACCACUUCCGGGAGUACGGCGAGAUACUCGAGGCCGUCGUCAUCACCGAUCGAGAGACCGGCCGAUCCAAGGGCUACGGAUUCGUGACGUUCCGGGACCCGGAGUCGGCGCAGCAGGCGGUGCAGAACCCGAACCCGAUGAUCGCCGGCCGGCGCGCCAACUGCAACAUUGCGUCCAUGGGCCCGCCGCGGCCGUCGCCCCAGAGAGGUAGGGCCCCGCGCGGGCCGGAUCAGCAGCCCUCCUCGGGCCCACCGCCAUACAUGGGCGGCAGGAUGCACCAGCAGAUGCCCACCCCGCCUCACGCCAUGUUCUACCACCCUUCACAGUACGGGUACUGGUACCCACCUGAUUAUCCAUACCAGCAGGCCUUUUACAAUUCUCAAAUGCAGCAAUACUACUCUCAGCAGUAUGGCCAAACAUCCCCUUCAACAUCACCAUACCCAUACAUGGGGUACAUGACAAAUGGCCAGAAUCCUAGGGCUGGCUUCUCGCCAUUGCAGCAGCAAGCUGCUCGGCCGCCGUUCUUUCAGCAGCAGAGUGAGGGUUCUUUCCAGGCAGCGCCUACGCUCCCUCCUAAUUUCAGACUCCAGUUGCCCCCUCGUGCAAUCUCAAGACAGUCUGAUGAUGUAUCCGGUUCAGAACCAACUCAGACUGUAUCUGCAGCUGAGGCUACAAACACAGAUAACCAAGAAGCGUCAGCGCCUGUUGAAAGAUCAAAUUCAGAGGAAAACACCUCGAACUGACUCGCUGAACUGAAAACUCUGCCAAAAUGAUUUGACGCCGAUCUGGAGAGGACUAUUAGUGGUCCGCAAAGGAGUACCAAAUACUCGUUUCUUGACUGAAAAAAAAAAAAGAAUAGCAUCCAAAUAUUUGUUCUUUCAUUAUUUCUGAUUCAUUUCCUAUUUCUGCACUGCAUUUAUUUGGUGAAUCCAUUGUAUUGCGAAACUGAUUCUCACGGCAGAAAAUGGAAUUUGCCAGAAUAAAUCCCGGAGGCAUGCCGCUGGUAUUCGUCU